AUGUUCAAGCAACUGAUACCCAAGACGCCCGCUCGGCCGUUCGCCCUCGCUGCGCGCCGCAGCGCCUUCCGCCCCGUCUCCUCAACAUUCCCGCUCGUUGACCGGUCACUGCGGACAUAUGCUACCGAGGCCGCGGAGAAGGACCUGGUUAUCAUCGGCGGCGGUGUCGCUGGUUAUGUUGCCGCCAUCAAGGCUGGCCAGGCCGGCCUGAACGUUGCCUGCAUCGAGAAGCGCGGCUCCCUGGGCGGCACCUGUCUGAACGUCGGCUGCAUCCCCUCCAAGUCGCUGCUCAACAACUCGCACCUCUACCACCAGAUUCUCCACGAUACCAAGAACCGCGGUAUUGAGGUCGGCGAUGUCAAGCUCAACCUCGAGCAGAUGAUGAAGGCCAAGGAGACGUCCGUCUCCGGCCUGACCAAGGGUAUCGAGUUCCUGUUCAAGAAGAACAAUGUCGAGUACAUCAAGGGCACCGGCGCCUUCGCCGACGAGCACACGGUCAAGGUCAACCUGAUCGAGGGUGGCGAGACGUCCGUCCGCGGCAAGAACAUCAUCAUCGCCACCGGUUCCGAAGCCACUCCCUUCCCUGGCAUGACCAUUGACGAGGAGAAGGUCAUCACCUCGACCGGCGCCAUUGCCCUCAAGCAGGUCCCCAACAAGAUGAUCGUCAUUGGCGGUGGUAUCAUCGGUCUUGAGAUGGCUUCCGUUUGGUCGCGUCUGGGUUCCGAGGUCACCGUCGUCGAGUUCCUGAACCAGAUUGGCGGCCCCGGCAUGGACGCUGAGAUCGCCAAGGGCAUCCAGAAGAUUCUCUCGAAGCAGGGCAUCAAGUUCAAGGUUGGCACCAAGGUCUCGAGCGGCGACGCCUCGGGCGAGGGUGUGAAGAUUGCCGUCGAGGCCGCAAAGGGCGGCAAGGAGGAGAGCCUUGACGCUGACGUCGUCCUCGUCGCCAUUGGCCGUCGUCCCUACACCGCCGGCCUCGGACUCGAGAACAUUGGCCUUGAGACUGACGAGAAGGGCCGCCUGAUCAUCGACCACGAGUACCGCACCAAGAUCCCCCACAUCCGUGUGAUUGGUGACUGCACUUUCGGCCCCAUGCUCGCCCACAAGGCCGAGGAGGAGGCCGUCGCCGCCAUCGAGUACAUCUCCAAGGGCUACGGUCACGUCAACUACGGCGUCAUCCCCUCGGUCAUGUACACGCACCCCGAGGUCGCCUGGGUCGGCCAGAACGAGGCCGAGCUCAAGGCCUCCGGCAUCAAGUACAAGGUCGGCACCUUCCCCUUCUCGGCCAACUCGCGUGCGAAGACCAACCUCGACACCGAGGGUCUGGUCAAGUUCAUCGCCGACGCCGAGACGGACCGCAUCCUCGGCGUGCACAUCAUCGGCCCCAACGCCGGUGAGAUGAUUGCUGAGGCUGGUCUUGCCAUCGAGUACGGCGCUUCUUCCGAGGACGUUGCGCGGGUGUGCCACGCUCACCCGACGCUCAGCGAGGCUUUCAAGGAGGCCGCUCUCAACACCUACGACAAGGCCAUCCACUACUAG